UACAAAAACAAAAUGAGGUUAAUUUUAAAAUUAUAUGCCUUUUCUUUGGCAUUGGUUUUGGUAAACGGCAUCUUAAGUUAUGAACAAUAUGCCAAUAUUUUUAAAAUUAAUAACGACAUUCUCGUUUCUGAUGCGUGUAAAAAGCAAAUAAAUAAUUUGGAUUUUAAUACUGGAUUUACAAUGUUUGAUGCCAGUUCAAAAAUUAUUUAUCCUGGAUUAAUAUAUGCAACUCCCAUUGAAUACGGUAUAUAUGAUGAGUGUGUGGCAAUAGAUGUUACAAAUGAAGACACUAAUAUUUUGGGAAAACACUGUGUCGGAGUAAGAACUGAUGUAUCUAUUCCUAUAGGAUCCAAUAUCAAAAAUGUUAAGCUCGAAAAUCUAUUUUCUUUCAACCAAAAUAUUAGUAUAUCAGGAAAAGAUCCUAAGAGUUUAACCCUACCAGCAAUACAAGCUGGGUAUUGUGUACCAAAUAAGUGUACAGUGGAUGAUUUGAAUAAGCUUUUUGAGGCGGUUACUGUUCCCGGGGUUAUUAGUUUUAACUUUAAUGAUGCCAUAUGCACUACUAAAAAUACUGGAAAAGAACUAGACACAGCCGAUAUAUGCGUGAUAUCUUUAUUAGUAAUUAUAUUAGCUUUUAUAAUAGUGAGUACUACUUACGAUGUUAUACAGGAAAAAAAUAAAUUGGCUAAAAAAGGUUAUUUAAUUGCAUUUUCGUUGUAUACAAAUACCAAAAAGCUUGUACACGUUGGACCUAAAGAAAAAGAACAAAUACCAAUUUUUCAUGGCUUAAAAUUUAUUAGUAUGAUGUGGGUAAUCGCUGGUCAUGGUUUCGGGACAAACAUUGCUGUUCCCUUAUUUAACAUGGCAGAUAUUUUAGUGUGGAUGAAACAAAGAUACAUCCAAUACAUUACUGCUGCUCCUCUGGCUGUAACCACUUUUUUCUUUAUUUCUGGAUUUUUACUACCCUUUACUUACCUAAAGUUAUUUAAAGGCAAAGGUAUAGUUCAGCAAGUGAAAUUUAUUCCUAUGAAUUAUUUACACAGAUAUUUAAGAUUAACGCCAGCAGCAGCAAUGGUAUUUUUGGUAACUAUAUCAAUUAUAAGACAUCUCGGAUCUGGUCCCAUGUUUUAUGCAGCCAUGGUACAAAAUGGAAAUAUAUGUAAAAACCAUCCUUGGUCUUUUUUUUUAUAUUUUCAAAAUUAUUACAAUUACGAUCAACUUGAUAUUUGUUUAGCCCAAACAUGGUACUUAUCAGCGGACAUGCAGAUGUUUUGGCUGUCCCCUUUAUUUCUUAUACCAACAGCUGCUUAUAUUGGCAAAAAAUAUAAUGCUGUUAUGAUGUCACUCUUUGGAUUCUGUAUUGUUACUAUUAUUUUGCCUAUUGUUAUAACAUUUAAAUAUCCAGAUUACACUAAUACAUAUGGCACCCAUACGUGUAUGUGUAACUAUGUUGUUGGAUUUAUAUUUGGAACGUUCAUGAGAGAAAAUAUCGAUAAACCUUUUGUUUUUAGGAAAAAUAGAUCUUUUAUGAAUUUACUCGUAUGGAUCGUGACUUUAUUAAUCAUGUACGCUAUAGUCUACAUAACUGCUGAUAUUUUUAUGGGCCAUAUGACUUCAAAUACCAAAAAAAUAUUAAAUGGCAUCAUGCCACCACUAUGGUCCAUGUGUUUGGGCUGGAUGGUAUACUCUUGCUUUCAUGGAUACGGAGGCGUCGUAAAUUGGAUUUUAACACGACCAAUAUUACAAGUUGGUAGCAGAUUGAGUUACUGCAUUUAUUUGUUACAUAUGACUGUUUUAAUCCACAAUAUUUCUUUUACCAGAGGAAAAAUUUAUUUUAAUGAUUGGAGCCAGUUCUACACAUGGUGUGGAUAUUUUAUUAUUUCUGUGAUAUUUGCUUUUAUUUGGACCUUAUCAUUCGAAUCGCCUAUUAUUAUAUUAGAAAAAGUUGCUUUUGGUGGUAACAAAAAAACGCUUAAGAAAGAAAAAACAAUAAAUGCUUAAGUUUAAUUAUAUGGAAUUUUUUUUCAAUUUUAAAUAAUAAUAAUUUUUAUGCUUUACUUAUAAGUUUAGAUAAUUUAACAUAAAUUAUACAUUUUAUCUAGA